AGGAUACCCAAAUCAUUGUCAGUGAACACAAAUAACAAACAGAAGUGAAAGAUAAAACAGAGGAAUUCACGAUUUCGGCUGCUACCCGUCACGAAUCGGUUACGCGGCCGCAGAUCGGCAAUGGCUGCCCCCGGAAAAACUAUUUCCACCGCUGUUUCAUCCUCUCCGGUGGCCACUUCUUUCGAUUUCUCCGCCGAUUCGCAGCCUCUGAUACUUACCCUCACUGCCGAUCAGCUUCGGAACUGCUCUGAAGCUCUCAAGUUUUUCAAAGCCAAAAAGUUUGACUCUCCUCAAACCAUCCGCCAGGAGUUCUUAACCUUGCAGGCAAAUAGGACGACAGCUUCGGAAAUGAGGAAUAGAUGCAGAGUGGCUCUUGACAGUGUAAAUUAUGAAAAGAACCGUUACCCUGAUGUCAUACCAUAUGAUAAUAACAGGGUUAUUUUGAAGCAGUUUAAUGAUUACAGACCAUCAGCAAGGGGAUAUAUAAAUGCAAGCUUUAUCGCUACUUCGGAAAGUGUUUCUCGGUUUAUUGCAACUCAAGGUCCACUCCCACACACUUUUGAGGACUUCUGGGAAAUGAUAAUCCAGUAUCGUUGUCCUAUCAUUGUGAUGCUUACCCGGUUGGUUGACAAUUACAAGACAGUGAAGUGUGGAGAUUAUUUCCAAGCUGAGGAUGGACCAAGAGAGUUUGGCAACAUAUGCAUAGUAACCAAGUGGAUACAAACGACAGAUACUUCAUUAGUGUUGCGCUGUUUGGAGGUCAAUUACAAAGAGUCUGAGGAGCCACCAUUAUCUGUUCUUCACAUUCAGUAUCCAGAAUGGCCUGACCAUGGAGUUCCAAAGGACACUGUUGCUGUUCGUGAAAUUUUGAAAAGGUUAUAUGGUGUGCCACCCAGCCUUGGACCAAUUGUUGUUCACUGCAGUGCAGGUAUAGGUAGAACUGGAACGUAUUGUGCAAUCCAUAAUACCAUCCAAAGAAUUAUUGUUGGAGAUAUGUCUGCUUUGGAUCUUGUUAAUAGCAUAACCUCUUUUAGGUCUCAACGUAUUGGAAUGGUUCAGAUGUUGGGGCAAUAUCUCUUCAUCUAUGAUGCUGUUGUUGAUGAACUCGAAGAUCUCAUAUCGGACAAAAUCUAUCAUAGCUCUAAGUGCAUGUUUAAUGCCGAAAUAAGACAACAAAGCAGCAGCAAGAAUCAUCUACGUAUAAGCUCUGGGAAGCUUGCUUUGACUUUUGAAGUAAAUUUCUGUUUUUACCUUUUGUUUGGAUAAGUAAUUAUUUUGACAAAUUGAAAAAGGUAGGUGUCACUAAA